CCUGUGAAGCAUGCGUGCCCUGGGCUUCGAGGCACCCUGCGCGCUGCUGAUGCUCCUGUUGGGGCUGCCGCGGCCAGCGACCCCCGCCCCGACAGCGUCAGGCGAGUCCACACCCUCGCGUCAGCGGGAGAGCGCGCAGGCCCUGAUGCGAGACUUCCCGCUGGUGGACGGUGCUGUGGUGGACCUGCCUGCCCGGACCUGCAAGAAGAAUGAUGGCAUUGUGAUAGUGUCCUUGUCCGUGGGGGUGCUGCAGUGCAACCCAUUAGCCAACGUGUCCACUUGUGCAUCCAGAGCAAGCAGUGGAGUUCCAGAGCAACCCCUGCCCACGCCAACCCCCAGCCUUCCCCAGUUCUGGUCGGCCUACGUCCCAUGCCAGACCCAGGAAUGGGAUGCUGUGCGCCUCACCCUGGAGCAGAUUGACCUCAUUCCUAGCAUGUGUGCCUCCUACUGUGAACUAGAGCUUGUGACCUCCAUGAAAGGUAAGGGGACUGGUCAGGGAAUGUUAGGGACUUGUUUGAGCUACCCAGCCCCUGAAAGUGAUCACCUGACCUACCUGCCCCCAGCUCUGAAUCAUACCCAGAAGUUGGCUUGCCUCAUUGGUGUGGAGGGCGGCCACUCACUGGACUGUAGUCUUUCCAUCUUGCAUGCCUUCUGUGUGCUGGGUGUGCACUACCUGACGCUCAACACACCUGCAACAUGCCCUGGUGAGCACAGUGCAGACGGUAUCACCCACCCUGUCUACAAUGUCAGUGGGCUGACCAGCUUUGGUGAGAAGGUGGUGAUGGAAAUGAACUGCCCGGGCAUGAUGGUUGAUUUGUCCCAUGUCUCUGAUACUGUGGCACAGCAAGCGGAAGUGUCACAGGCACCUGUGAUCUUUUCCCAUUUGGCUGCCAGAGGUGUGUGCAAGAAUGCCUGGGACAUUCCUGAUGAUAUCCUGAAGCUGCUGAAGAAGAAUGAUGGCAUUGUGAUAGUGUUCUUGUCCGUGGGGGUGCUGCAGUGCAACCCAUUAGCCAACGUGUCCACUGUGGCAGAUCAUUUCAACCACAUCAGGGAAGUCAUUGGAGCCAAGUUCAUUGGGAUCGGUGGAGAUUAUGAUGGGACCAACAGGUUCCCUCAGAGCCUGGAGGACAUGUCCACAUACCCAGUACUGAGUUGUGGCUGGAGUGAGGAAGAGCUUAAGGGUGUCCUUCGUGGAAACCUGCUACAGGUCUUCAGACAGGUGGAAUAGGUGAGAGAAGAAAACAGUGAGCAGAGCCCUGGGGAGGAUGAAUUUCCAGACAGGCAGGUGGGCAGUUCUUGCCACUCCCACCCGUCUCAGCCUCAGAGCAAACACAUGGCCACACAGCUGGACAUGACCAAGUGGCCAACCAGUCGGGUCCUCCAGAGGCCCUCAAAAGCCUCCCCAUACAUCAUUCUAGGCCUCAUGGCUAUUGCCGCCUUUUCAGUCCUCCUCCUGUGGUUCUGGUGA